AUGCUCAUUGGUGGGCGGAUCAUCCAGGGCAUCGGCGGCGGCGGACUUCUGGCCCUUGUCAACAUCUGCUUCGCUGAUUUGUUCAGUCUCCGUGACAGGCCUAAGAAUUAUGGAAUCUUCGGCAUGGUUUGGGCUGUUGCUGGAGGGGUUGGGCCCAUUAUUAGAGGGGCGUUCACCGAAAAGCUGAUCUGGAGAUGGUGUUUCUACGUCAAUCUCCCGCUGGACGGCGUGUCCCUGAUACUGCUGGCCUGUUUACUCAAAUUGGAUACUCCGAAAACCAAGCUCUGGGACGGCAUGAAAGCCAUCGAUUGGUUAGAUCUGGCUCUAAUCAUUGGUGCGGUGAUCAUGUUCCUCCUUGGGAUUGAAUCUGGAGGCAAUUCCUACCCUUGGAAUUCCGCCUAUACGCUGUGCUGGAUCACUUUCGGAGUGCUUGCCUUCGUGCUUUUCCUCCCGAAUGAGGCUGAACUAGCAAAAUAUCCGACUAUUUCUCUUGGUCUAUUUAAGAUACAAUCGAACCUUGGAGCAUACGGCGUAAUCCUCAUUAACGGAAUCGUGUUUAUCUCAGCCAGUUAUUACCUCCCGCUCUAUUUUCAGACUGUACUAGGUACAUCCUCUUUGAUGAGUGGUGUUUAUUUACUCCCGUUCGUCCUCAGCCUCUCACUGGCUACAAUAAUCGGUGGUGGACUUAUCAAAAAGAUUGGGCGAUUUAGAGAGCCAAUCUGGUUGAGUGUCACAUUAGUGACUUUGGGUUAUGGCCUGUUGAUUAAACUUGGCUCGGCCAAAAGCUGGCCAAGGAUUAUCAUAUAUCAGAUGAUAGUCGGCUUCGGGAGUGGCCUCAACAUCCAGAGCCCGCUUAUUACAUUACAAAAUCAUACGAAGCGACACGACGUUGCCAUCGCCACUUCCACCUAUGGAUUUAUCCGGACGCUGACCACAGGGUUUCCAUUGUCAUCGGUGGGACUAUUUCACAAAGUGAGCUUCUUAAGAAGAGAAGUACACUGGAGCAGAGUCUUGAGCCUGAGCUCGUGGCUCAAAUACUGGGCUCUGGGUUCGGAACCAAUGUCUAUUUUAUUCAACAGCUGCUGUCGAGCCAAUGAGCAGCUGUAA